UAACCUAGCAGGAAAUCCGGAUUGAUGUCUGCUCUGUUGCUGAAGGCCUUUUAGCUGUCGGGGGAUCCCUGGCCGGAUCCGGGUCUACCCUACCUGGGCCUGGUGUCCGCCUCUAGCCCGGCCCGACCCCCACGGGGUGAGGCGGCUGCGGCGCCGACUCUUCUCGCCGCCAUGCAUGACGCCUUCGAGCCAGUGCCUAUUCUAGAAAAGCUGCCUCUGCAAAUCGACUGUCUGGCUGCUUGGGAGGAAUGGCUUCUUGUUGGGACCAAACAAGGACAUCUUCUUCUCUACAGGAUUCGAAAAGACAUUGUGCCAGCAGAUGUAGCCUCACCUGAAAGUGGCAGUUGCAACAGGUUUGAAGUAACACUAGAGAAAUCCAAUAAGAACUUCUCAAAAAAAAUUCAGCAGAUCCACGUGGUUUCCCAGUUUAAGAUUCUGGUCAGCUUGUUAGAAAAUAACAUUUAUGUCCAUGACCUAUUGACAUUUCAACAAAUCACUACAGUUUCAAAGGCAAAGGGAGCAUCACUGUUCACAUGUGACCUCCAGCACACAGAGACUGGUGAGGAAGUGUUACGGAUGUGUGUGGCAGUGAAAAAGAAGCUGCAGCUCUAUUUCUGGAAGGACAGGGAAUUUUAUGAAUUACAGGGAGACUUUAGUGUACCAGAUGUGCCCAAGUCCAUGGCAUGGUGUGAAAAUUCUAUUUGUGUGGGUUUCAAGAGAGACUACUACCUAAUAAGGGUGGAUGGAAAGGGCUCUAUCAAAGAGCUCUUUCCAACAGGAAAACAGCUAGAGCCCUUAGUUGCACCUCUGGCAGAUGGUAAAGUGGCCGUGGGUCAGGAUGAUCUCACCGUGGUGCUCAAUGAGGAGGGCAUCUGCACACAGAAAUGUGCCCUGAAUUGGACAGACAUACCUGUUGCCAUGGAGCACCAGCCUCCCUACAUCAUUGCAGUGUUGCCUCGAUAUGUAGAGAUCCGAACAUUUGAGCCGAGGCUUCUAGUCCAGAGCAUUGAAUUACAGAGGCCCCGUUUCAUUACCUCGGGAGGAUCAAACAUUAUCUACGUGGCCAGCAAUCAUUUUGUUUGGAGACUCAUUCCUGUCCCCAUGGCAACCCAAAUCCAACAGCUUCUCCAGGACAAGCAGUUUGAAUUGGCUCUACAGCUGGCAGAAAUGAAAGAUGAUUCCGACAGUGAAAAGCAGCAACAAAUCCAUCACAUCAAGAACUUGUAUGCCUUCAACCUCUUCUGCCAGAAGCGUUUUGAUGAGUCCAUGCAGGUCUUUGCUAAGCUUGGCACAGAUCCCACCCAUGUGAUGGGCCUGUACCCUGACCUGCUGCCCACAGACUACAGGAAGCAGCUCCAGUACCCUAACCCGUUGCCUGUGCUCUCCGGGGCUGAAUUGGAGAAGGCUCACUUAGCUCUGAUUGACUAUCUGACACAGAAACGAAGUCAAUUGGUAAAGAAGCUGAAUGACUCUGAUCACCAGUCUAGCACUUCCCCGCUCAUGGAAGGCACUCCCACUAUCAAAUCCAAGAAGAAGCUGUUGCAAAUCAUUGACACCACCCUGCUCAAAUGCUACCUUCAUACGAAUGUGGCCCUGGUGGCCCCCUUGCUGCGCCUGGAGAACAAUCACUGCCACAUUGAAGAGAGUGAGCAUGUGCUGAAGAAAGCUCACAAGUACAGUGAACUGAUAAUCCUGUAUGAGAAGAAGGGGCUCCAUGAGAAAGCUCUGCAGGUGCUAGUGGACCAGUCCAAGAAAGCAAACUCCCCUCUGAAAGGCCAUGAGAGGACAGUGCAGUAUCUGCAACAUCUGGGCACAGAAAACCUGCAUUUGAUUUUUUCCUACUCAGUGUGGGUACUGAGAGACUUCCCAGAAGAUGGCCUGAAGAUAUUUACUGAAGAUCUCCCAGAGGUGGAGUCCCUACCACGAGAUCGUGUACUCAGCUUCUUAACAGAGAAUUUUAAGGGUCUGGCUAUUCCUUAUCUGGAACAUGUCAUCCACGUCUGGGAGGAGACAGGCUCUCGGUUCCACAACUGCCUGAUCCAGCUGUACUGUGAGAAGGUGCAAGGUCUGAUGAAGGAGUAUCUCCUCUCCUUCCCUGCAGGCAAAACCCCUGUUCCUGCUGGAGAGGAAGAAGGUGAGCUGGGAGAGUACCGGCAGAAGCUCCUCAUGUUUUUGGAGAUUUCUGGUUACUAUGAUCCAGGCCGGCUCAUCUGUGAUUUUCCUUUUGAUGGUCUCUUAGAAGAACGAGCUCUCCUCUUGGGGCGCAUGGGAAAACAUGAACAAGCCCUCUUUAUCUAUGUCCACAUCUUGAAGGAUACAAGAAUGGCUGAAGAGUACUGCCACAAACAUUAUGACCAAAGCAAAGAUGGCAACAAAGAUGUGUAUCUGUCCCUGCUUCGGAUGUACCUGUCACCCCCCAGCGUUCACUGCCUGGGACCAAUCAAGCUGGAGCUGCUGGAGCCACAGGCCAACCUUCAGGCUGCUUUGCAGGUCCUCGAGUUGCACCACAGCAAACUGGACACCACCAAGGCCAUCAACCUUCUGCCGGCAAACACUCAGAUUAAUGAUAUACGCAUCUUUCUGGAAAAGGUCUUGGAAGAAAAUGCUCAAAAGAAACGGUUCAAUCAAGUGCUCAAGAACCUUCUCCAUGCAGAGUUCCUGAGGGUCCAAGAAGAGCGGAUUUUACACCAGCAGGUGAAGUGCAUCAUCACAGAGGAGAAGGUGUGCAUGGUGUGUAAGAAGAAGAUCGGGAACAGUGCAUUUGCAAGAUACCCCAAUGGAGUGGUUGUGCACUACUUCUGUUCCAAAGAGGUCAACCCAGCUGACACCUGAGCCCAGCAUGCCAAGAAUUCAGCAGAUGGACAGCUCGGUUAUCCCAGAGAGAUGAAGAAGCCCUGGCCUUAGGAUUCGGGGGGCUGUCCCUGCACGGUGUCUUCUUAAUAGGAUACUACCAGAUGCCUUGCACCUUAGGACGUCUCUGAAUUAGUCAGACCCAUGGUCUGGCAUUGCCAGCUAUUUGAAAGAAAAAGGGACUAGUUAUACCUUAUAUCAUUAUGUUGUGGGCAGCUCCAGAGAAUUCACUCCCUGCUUGGACAGGAAGGAGGAGGUAGGGGAAGUGCACCAUCUUGCCUUUGUAUGGCAAUCACCUGAACAAGGAAACCUGUCUCAAGUGUAACUACGGGGUUGUUUACUAAGGGUUUUUCUAUUAAGUUAAGUGCACGACUUCACUAGGACCCCACAGUGUGACUGACUAGAGAGUUCUGUGAAAAGAGAACAGAACAAGAUUUACUCUAGCUUUGUAGACAAAACAUCUAAUUUUCUAUGUAAUGACAGUUAUUUUUCCAUUGUAGCUGUACCUUGUCCCCCACGUAAUCCCCCCUUCGUCUCUUCAUUUUUUAGCCUCCUUUUGCUUUCUCACUAUUUAUUUUCUUCCUUUAUCUCUGCCCUCACUGCCCACCCAUGCUUUCUCUCCCACUUUCCUGACUCCAGGAAUAACUAAUAUUUAUACAAGGCUAAAAUGAGAAACCAGGAAAGGCUGUUUCUAGGAAUACAUUGAUAUUUGAUGGUCAGGUGGAUCCUCUUUGAACUGUACACUUUAUGCCUAGAAGCUGAAGAGAACGGCAUUCUUUGCUGGGAAAAAGGCCUUCUCCCUUCCCCAGGGCUGGUGUGACCAUAGCUCCUAUGACUGGGCCAGCACUGAACUGGGUAGAUGGCCUCACAGGCGGACGCCCCUGCAGAGGCUCCUGCUCCUAAUUCACUCACCAGCAGCUCAGGUCAGAGCGGUUUAAUCUUUGUGAGCAGAGUUGUUUGAGCUUUGGGUGCCUUUCUCUUUUUUCUGGCUCCUUACCUUACAUCUUGGCCUGGCCAUGAUUCUGCAGCUUUGUUUGGAAGGGGUUGGAGGAUUGUGCUGGGAUAUCGUGGGUAAGUGGAUCUCUGCUACAUAUAGGGAACAAUCAUAUUAGGAAUUUACAAUGACAUGGUCUCCAGUGUGCUUGUGAGGUGUCCGGGGACAGCGGAGACCAGCAGCAUGUGGUCUCUGCUGUAGCUAUUUUGUAAACAUUACAGAAUAACUUAUAGCCCUGGGCAUGGGUGGGGACUCUGCCUCCCAUGGUGACCUAGAGAGGCACACUAUGGCAUAUGGAGUUUCUGUACUGGAAGCUGAGGACACCCAGGGGGUGCGGUCCUGCCUCCUCCCUCCCCAGGGGUUUUAUGGACUUCUCAUCUUGCCACCGCAGUACCUUUAACAGAAGUGACAGUGGGUAAUGGUGCCCCAGCUUUGGCACUGUUUUAGUGGCCUCUCCUUCACAUACCAUGAUCCUUUCUAAGCGAUAACAUUGUGUUGUUUUCUGCCUCCCGUUGUAGGCAGACUUGCUAGGGAUGCUGGCGGUAAACUAGGCACUACCAGCUCACCCUCUCUGAAGGGUCUGGGGAGACAGAUUUUACAGCCUCAUGACCAUUCAGAGACAGGGAUGAUGCUCAGGUUGGCGAGACCAAGCAGUGCAUCACAAGAGCCCUGCAGAGCAGUGCAUGGAGAAAGAACAGCCCCCGUCCUGAGUGGCCAUACCCACCCAAGCAGUGCUGCCCUGGGGCCCUCUUUGUACCAGAUUGGACUAUGCCUCCAAGCAAGAAUAAAAAUCGUGUCCUCUGUCAGCUUUGCAGCAGAAACUUAACCCACGAUGUGAUGCCUGCCUUCCUGGCCUGCUGGGUUUGUAGCUUCCAUUCUCACUAAUUGUGUAACAGAUUUGAAGCAAUGGGAUAAAGAAUAUGUGCUUUCUUCCUUUUCUGGUAUACGUAAACGACCCAGUGUUCCCAAACACCAUUCUUGGUUCCCUAGACUCUCUUUGUCCUUCGUGGAGGCAUGGGGAAGGCUGCAGAUGAGGGCUUCACAAUAAAGACUGAUAAAGAUCUCUUAACUGUUCCUCGAAAUAAAAAUAAUAAUAAAGUAAGAAACCAAG